GCGUGGAAUUGUGCUGGCUGGGUCGUCACUGUUGUCUGUUGAAGUCUCUCUUUGUUUCUCACACACGCAGAAAUACAAGGAGCCAACCGACAUCCUCAACCUUACAUCUCAUUCCCCUACGUUUCUUCCCUCUCUUUCUCUUCCUCUCUUCAUUUUCUUCUCACAACCUUUCCCCCUUUUUUUCUUCCUUCAGAGAGAAAAAUAAAAAAACAAAAGCAACCAUAGCGAUUAACCACUCCCCUUUCCCCUCUUCUUAGCUCACCCCAAGUUCAACCCCAUUACCGCAUUCAACAAUGGACGAGUUCGGCGUUUUGACCGAAAGGUUCGGUCUCAAACCGCAAGGAAAAUCCGCUCCAAUGGCCAGGGCCUCACCCAAACGACCCACCCCAAACGUCGCCGUUUCCCAAACACGCCCCAAUUCCUACGGAUCCGCAUCUCACCACGAUUCCACCUUCGAUUUCGAUUACGGAGUCUUCAGCACCACCGGCACCGGCAACCAAACGCAGCGUUUCGACGACAUCUUCGCCGGAACCGCCAAAUCCAACGGCAAUUCCUUCGACUACGAUUCCAUAUUCUCCGGAUCGAGUAAACCGGUUUCCACGCCAUCAUCUUACGUGGAUGACAUAUUCGGCGGAAUGCAUGAGAAGAGUGUCGGCGUUGAUGAUCUUCUCGGUAAGGUUGGUGGGUUGAAUACAAACGCCAAAACUCCAAACGUGAAAGCGCCUGGUUUUGAUGAUUUGAUCCCUGGUUUUGGUGUUUCGAAUAACGGUGUUGCGAUGAAUAAGCCUGGUGUUACUCCAAACAAACCUGCUGCGGGGUCUAGCAGUGAUCCCUUUUUAAUAUUUGAAACCGCUUCAAGCUCAGCGUCUUCAGAAUCAUUCCUGGACGCGUUGGAACAGAUAACUAAGUCGAGUAGUUCUACAGUAGGGACAAAAGGUAGCACCCCAUCACUGAAGUCUCCACCCAGGCCAGCGAGUAAAGUUACAGUUAGUAAGCCGAAUGUAUCAUCAAUAGAUGAGCUUGAGGACUUUGCCAUGGGUGGUGCGCGGACUAAUGCUAGUGGUAGAAAGGCCAAUGUUAAUGCUGCUGAGACUAAACAAAACUCCGCGGCUAAGGUAAACAAUGGUAGAAGAGUUCCAGCUGCGAAAAUGAAUCAAUCGAAUGAUGUGGAUGAUCUUGAAUCAUUUUUCGGCAUGGGCUUUCGAUCAAGCAGUGUGCCGAAAUCGAGGACUUCACCUAUGGAUCAUAUGUUCGAUAACCAAAUGAGCAACAAAGGGAAACCUGAGGUGUCACCAAAAGUACCAUUUGGAUCCCCAGCCAGCACGAAGAAAUCUCCGGUGAUGACAUCUCUUGAUGACUUGUCACUGAUUUUUGGUGGUUCCCCGUCAGCUGAAUUCCAGGAGAUUGAAGGGGAAACUGAAGAAAGACGAAGAGCAAGAUUAGGACGUCAUCAGAGAACACAAGAGCGAGCGUUAAAAGCAGUGGCUGAUAUGAAUCAGCGUGACCUUCAAACUAAGAUGGAGCAAGAAGAGAGGCAGAAAAUUGCUGAUACUGUGGAUGCUCAGAUAAGGCGUUGGUCUGCUGGGAAGGAAGGCAAUAUGCGGGCAUUGUUGUCAACAUUACAAUACGUUCUUUGGCCAGAAUGUGGUUGGACGCCAGUGUCUCUGACGGAUAUGAUUACUUCCACUGCAGUUAAAAAAGUGUACAGAAAAGCAAAUUUAUGUAUUCACCCAGAUAAAGUUCAACAGAAAGGUGCUUCUCUUGAACAGAAAUACACAGCAGAGAAGGUUUUCGACAUUCUUAAGGAAGCUUGGAAUAAGUUCAAUGCGGAAGAGCUUUCUUAGAUCCCUCUGCUUAUGUCUUUGCAAAGUCAAUGGAUCUAUUAGCACUUGCACGGUUUCGGUAUCGGCCUGUUCGCUUGGCUAGCUGGUGCCUGAUACAUUUGUUUUUGUGCCGUUGAAGAUAACUGCAUAAAUAUUAGGUGGCAUCAUUUGGCUGCAGAUUCUUUUCCCCAACGACGUUGAACGCUCUAAUGUGAGUUAUAACAUAUCUUUGUAAGUAAUAAUGUUGAUUGAUUCAGGUCAAUGUACAAAUUUUAAAUGCUCAUGCUUCCCUAAAAUUCAGUCAAACCGCCCAAAUUGCGAUGACUAAGGUUUCAUUAGAUACCCUUGCAAUUGCACGCAUAAUGUAUUUUGUGGGAAUGAGUGAUAAUUCAAUUAUAUACUUGUAAUUGUAACAGGCUUUUGUACGAAUAGAGAUGUUUCGAUUGAUUUUUUCAUAUGAAUCAAGGAUAUUGUUUGAUUUUGAUUUCUUCCA